AUGCCUCGCCCAACGCGUGCUCGCACUUCCCUUCCCUCUCACUCUCGCUCCGCCAAGCUCAAGGCAGCAGCGGCGCCUGAUGGGCUGGACGACUCGUACAUGAUGGCACCGGAAGAGAUGGCGCCGAUCGCGGCUGUCAAGGCUGCUGCCGCCGAAGCUGCAGAGACGGAGGCGCUCGCAGAUGUUGCAGAGCCAGAACAGACAGAUCCUGUGUCCGAAGCGCCUGCCAAACCGAAGCAGACGAAGGCGGAGAAGGCGUACGCGAGGCGGAAGGAACUGCUUGACAAGGUCAACGCCAGUACGACUCCCUACUCGAAGUCUCACGCACGACGACUACGGCGCGCCGCCAAACCGCAGAACAACCUCGUCGCCUCCUUGACCGAAGUCGAGGCUGUCCUGCCCUCCAUCGAGCCCGAGGAGCAGGACGGUGCCGAAGACGACAUGUACGACGAGGAGGCGCCGGCAAAGUCGAAGACUGGCGGAAAGGGCAAGGAGAAGCUGACCGCGAAGAAGCGGCAGCGGGUGUUGACUGCCGAGUCCGCUCGACUGCCUGCCAUCAUCAAGAACGAGUCGUUCGCCAGUUCGCCCUUCGCCACGAUCCGCCAGCACACGCUCAACACGCUGAUCACGCAAACAAAUCCGCCAUUGCCGAAGAAGGGAAAGGCUGGUCGAUGA